CCUUCACUCCUCAUCCUGCUCCUUCGUCGCUCCGCUGUGACGGUCGCGCUGCGUGACGUAGUCGGCGGGCGGAUUUGAAAUUGAGAGGAAGGUGGCGGCGCCGUUAACGUCACAAUGAGACGAAGCUCAAUUAUUGCCGGAAGCAGCGGUCGUCAAUCUAUGAUGGCACUGAGAGUGCAGGACAGCAACAAGAUGGGCCUUCAAACACCUCAGAUGAAGGACAGAGGUACGUUUGGGAAGCUGAGCAUGAGCAAACCUACAUCUGGAACUUCAGAAAGAAAAGUCAGCUUUUUUGGGAAGAGAACUAGUGGGGCUGGAGGUUCACGCAACAGUCAGUAUGGUGUGUUUGGUACAGAAAAGAUCAAGGACCCCAGGCCACUUCAUGACAAGGCAUUCAUCCAACAGUGUAUCAAGCAGCUUUGUGAGUUUCUUGCUGAGAAUGGUUACGUCCAUAAUAUUUCCAUGAAAUCACUACAGUCUCCAUCAGUUAAGGACUUCUUAAAAAUCUUCACUUUUAUCUAUGGAUUUCUUUGCCCUUCUUAUGAACUGCCUAACUCAAAAUUUGAAGAGGAAAUUCCUAGAGUUUUUAAAGAGCUUGGGUACCCCUUUCCUUUGUCAAAAAGCUCCAUGUACACAGUGGGAGCACCACACACGUGGCCUCAGAUUGUGACAGCUUUGGUUUGGUUAAUCGAUUGUGUCAAGUUGUAUGUUGCCAUGAAGGAAAAUUCACCAUCAUUUGAUGAUGGCCAGAACUGGGGAGGUGAGACGGACGAUGGAAUUAUACAUAAUAAGCUUUUCAUGGACUACUCUGUGAAGUGCUAUGAGCACUUCAUGAAAGGGAAUGAUACUUUUGAAGAAUUUGAUGCAGAAGUGCAGUCAAAAUUAAAGGAUUUAUUUCAUAUAGAUGAAUUCCAGAUAGAAGGUUUAGUAGCUGACAACAAAAGACUUCAUGAAGAAAUUGCAAGACUAGAAAAAGAAAAGGAAAGCGAGCCGGAUCGUAGAGUAUCAUUACGAAAGCUGAAAUCAUCUCUUCAAGGAGAUGUCCAGAAAUACCAGGCUUAUUUGGCUAAUCUGGCAUCUCUUAUAGCCAACCUUGAUCAAAAAAUGGAAGGUGUUAAUGAAGAAGUUGAGAGAGCAGAAAUGGAAGUGGAAGCAAUGAAGCAGGAGAAUGCCCGGCUCCAGCACGUCUUCGAUAACCAAAAGUACUCUGUUGCGGACAUAGAGAGAAUAAAUCAUGAGAGAAAUGAAUUACAGCAAACCAUUAACAAGCUGACUAAGGAAGUGGAAGAAGAAGAACAUCAGCUGUGGAAUGAAGAGCUAAAAUAUGCCAGAAAUAAAGAGACGAUCGAAAUGCAACUAGCAGAGUAUCAUAAACUGGCUCGGAAGCUGAAAUUAAUUCCAGUAAGUGCAGAGAAUUCCAAAGGCCAUGACUUUGAGAUUCAGUUUAAUCCGGAGGCAGGACCAAAUUGCCUAGUCAAAUGCACUCAGAUCAAGACUUCCCUUACGGAGAUCCUAAACCAGACUGAGGAAGAAAUUGGGAAAGCUACUCAACGGAAAAUGUCUUUGGAAGAAACCUUGGAACAGGUGAAUGUAAUGGUAGCGGACAAGAAAAGCAGCGUGAAAAUGCUGAAAGAGGAAGCUGAAAAACUGGAUGAUCUUUACCAGCAGAAGCUUAAGGAGGCAGAAGAGGAAGAGCAAAAAUGUGCAAACGAACAGGAAUUGUUAGAGAAGCAUAAACAAUUACUUGAGAGUGGUGUCAAUGAAGGUCUCAGUGAAGCCACAAAUGAAUUACAUGAUCUUCAACGACAAUACCAAGUUGUUAUGCAAACAACAACAGAAGAGAGCAGAAAAGCUGGUGAUAACUUGAAUCGUCUUUUAGAAGUGAUUGCUACUCAUGUAGUAUCUAUAGAGAAAUAUCUGGAUGAACAGAAUGCAAAAAUUGACAGAGACUAUGAAGAAUUCAUGUCUGAAGAUCUAUUGUCAACCUUGACCAGAAUUCUAGACAGUUAUACAAAGAAGGCUGAAAGUCUGUGAUUACCAAAAGGGUGAAAAUGAAAAUUUUGCAUUUCUGAAGCUCUGGUAUAGUGCCUUCUAAAAAGAUGGGUACUUCCUGCAUUUAGCAGUGAAACUGAUUUUAAGUGUAAGGAAAUGUUUAUAAACUUCCUUUUGUUUUGACACAAAUACAUUUAAGAAUUAAACUAUAUAUUUGCAUUUUUCUAAAAAAGGCUUUGCUUACACUUCCUCCUUGCAAUACAUUACAUAUAAUUACAUUUGUGACAAGACAACUGUGGGAAAAGCUGAAUCUCAUUUUUUCUUUAUAAUCAAAUAAUUUGUGCUCUUCUAAGAAUAUUAGUAAGACAAGACUACAGUUAACCUGUUAAAAAAAACAAGACAGUGGACUUAAAAACAGAACUGCAAGUGACAGCACAAAUGCAGAGGGUACUGACAACCUGAAAUACUGCUACUUAAAAAUAACCAGUGGGUUUUGUAAACAUUAAGAUUGCUAAACACUUCUGUAAACAGGUAAGAUUUGCUGAAGAAGUUACACUUUCCUUUCUGGAGUAUAGUUUGUGUAUUUCGUAAUAUAUGUACCUAUUUAGUGCACAUGCAUGACAGUGCACAUCCUUCCCCAAGCCUUUCUUUUAGUAGCAACACCAAAUAUAAACGUCUCAGUCUUCUGCUUGUUCCAUGAAUCUAUGAAACUGCCCAGAGACCGCUCUUACAUGAGUUAAGAAUUUUUUUUAACAAAAACCUAUCUGAAAAGAUGAGCAGCAGUUAUACAGUAGUCUAGCAGUAGUUAUACAGUUUGAAAGCAAAGUCCUGCCUCUAACUUAUCUGGGCCUGUGAGCAGUUGAAACUCACUGUACUUGUUAAAUAUGUAUAUCAGAGAUAGCUCUAAGUAGAACAACAUAUAAAUUCUGGGAAUUAAGCUAAUCACUUGUAUCCAACAUUAGCCAAAUCUACAUCAAAAUGGUCUACAAUGAGUCUGCAUUCUUGUUAGACCAGUUGAACAGACUCUAUUUGAUUUUAUUUUUUUUCUCCUUCAGGAAAGUAGCAGUAAAAUUAGGUUUACAUUUUUUUCAAAGUAUUUGCAAUGAAGCUCCCCAUACACUAUCUCUUGAACUUGUACUCCCUUGUUCAGUGCUAUGUGGAAGUAGUACCUUCUUAUCUACUCUGUAUAUACCUUGUCUUUAAAAAAAAAGACACUUAAGUCUUGGAUAGUUUAGUUUAUGAGGUAUUUCCUAAUAAAAGUAUUGAAGUAUGUGAGUGUUUUUAAAGAGUUCAAUGAUGAGUAUCACUGAUUCAAAUAUACAAUGAUAAAAACAACUUUGCAGUCUGUUCAAAAGUUCUUAGUAGCUGAUAGCUAAAUGAAGUUGUCCUUAAUAUUGCGUAUAACUAUAGAAUUGGAAUGAAACGCAGAUCCCUACAACAAACUUAAGUUGAACCAUCUGAACAGAGGCUGCAAAUAAAAACUGGAUUGUCUUUAAUUCUAGGCUAUUUUUGCAGAGCAUAUAUAAAACUCAGUUGUUCUUAACGUAGUGUGUGAACCUUCUGGCUCUGGUAUGAGUAUUUUAUUUCAGAUACUUAAUUAAAGCCAUUAUUAUCAUAGCUUCUAACUUUCUGUUCUUUUGUGUUGUACUCCAGAAGUUUAAUAUGACAGCUAUGAAAGUUUUCUAACAGGUGGAUAGUACUUCUGCUUUCUUCUGUUGUCCUCUUUUAUACAAACUCUUACAUUUUUUUCUGUUACAGCCUAGUCAUUAUCAAAUGUGUUCCUUCGCUUUAGAAGCUUUUUUGUGAUCUUUCUAAUAUUUUUGUUAUCUAAAGCAAUAUUCUAAUAAAGCAAAACUGUGAACCAUACAAAAUAAUCACUUUAUUUUUAAAUAUGUGCUUAUUUAUGGGUUAUGCUCUCUUGGCUGCCUGAUACCUGUUUGUUUCUGCUUCUGUAACUAGCUGUUCUUGUGUUUAUUAGUAUCUGCAGGUUCUUUGCCAUGUGGAGUAGUCAGUUGACUUGAGUAAAUGAAAGCAAAAUAAAUUUAAUUUCCAAGGACCAAUACUAACCCAGUGGGAAUGGGUUAAAGAAUCAAGGUUCACAAAGACCUUCCUUCAUGUACUGGCAAAUGUGAUAUUUUGAAAUUGAAGUAGUCUGAGUAAUGAAAAGUCCACAUUUAUAAUGUU